AUAUAUAUGUAUAGACCAACUAGCACUGCGCCCUGUUCCCACCAUAUAUGCAUCUUUCUGUGAGAAGUUCGGGUUUGAGCAUCAAGAUUUAAGCAAAAUCAAUCAUUUUCCAAAAGGAGUAGAAUGAUCUCAAAUUGUCUGCAACAUCUUGGAUUAAAAAAAGGACCGCCUUGGUUAUAUCUACAAGUCCUCCGUGAAAGGAUGGAGCUGAUUUGCAAGCUAUGGGAAGAGCGUGAAACUGCUAAAACAUUAGGAAGCUAUCACAAAGAAAAAUUCAGUGAAGCUGUGGAAUGGAUGGAUGAAGUUGAAAGAUUCGUGGCUAAGACCAUGGAGCUAGAGAAAUUGCCGUAUCAAAGUCUUUGGACGGAUUCAUGGUGCAAUGACAUGAUAUCAAGAAUCAGGAAGCUACGUGCCAAACAUGAACCAUAUUUUACUUUCCAAAAAGGAAGAUAUGUUGUGGGAUUAUCACUUUCUUUACAUGAUGAAUUCUACUGUGAAGUAAGGGCGCUGAUUAGCGUACAAUCUGUUGAUAUCGGGAUUUGUCAUCUAAUUGACAUUCCUCGUCGUGAAGCUUAUAAAUUAAAUGAAGAUCAGUACAAUCAGUGGAGUGUUAUAGAGGAGUGGUGUUCUGAGGUGCAUCAGUUCUUACUAAAGAUCAAACUGCGAUUACAAGGAAAAAUUCCUGAGACGAAUUUUUAUUGGUACCGUAACAAGAUAGCAGAAGCAAGAACAUUAAUUGCCAAACAUGAUCAACCAUUUCUCCUCCAAUCUGAUGAAGAUGUGGUGGGGUCUUCCAAGAUGCCACUACUUGUUGCGUUACAUGAAGAACUCUGCUGUGAAAUAAGGAUGGUGAUUAGCCUGAAAUAUGCUGACUUGGUGGUUAUGUAUUAUAAAUCAAAGAGGGUUCCUGAUCUAGAACAUAAACUCAAGAAAAAACUUCAGGUGCAGAUAAAGGAAGUGAAUAAAUUCUUGACAGAGAUCCACCUGCAAUUAAAAGAAAAAAUUCCUAAAAAGAGUUCUGAUUGGUACCGUAACAAGAUAGCAGAAACAAGGACAUUAAUUGUCACAAAUUAUCCAGCAUUUCCCUUCCCAUCUCAAAAUGUGGAGUCAACAACACUUGUUGACAAUGAAGGUACUCAGAACAAUGUUUCCCCCCAAUCUAAAAUUGUGAGAUCAGCUCUCUCAAUAGAUAUGCCCAGGGUGGAGGAGUCCAAAGAACCUGUACAUGAUGUGGGAUAUUCAAAGGAACAAUACCAAAUUUUUCUCAGCUUCAGAGGAGAAGAUACCCGGCACAACUUUACAAGUUUUCUCUAUCAUGCUUUGCUUGAGAAGGGAUUCAAGAUCUUCAUGGACGAAGAAAGACUGCAAAUCGGGGACUCCAUUUCAAACGUCAUCACGGCCGCAAUUGAAAAUUCAAAACUUUCAAUUAUUAUUUUCUCUCAAAAUUUUGCAGACUCCACCUGGUGUCUUGAUGAGCUUGUGAAGAUUCUCGAGUGCAGAGAGAACAAGAAUCAAUUAAUUUGGCCAAUUUUUUAUAAAGUAGACCCCUCAGACGUGAGACACCAGAGAAAUAGUUAUAAAAAAGCUAUGAUCAAACAAAAAACAAAGUUCAACAAAGAUCCUGAGAAAGUGAACAUAUGGAGGUCCGAACGUGACUUCAUCCAAGGUAUAGUUAAGGUUGCCAACAAUAUUAGAGAUCAUUUGUAAGCAUGCAUAUUAUGGUCAUAUUCACUAGAAGAAAGACUUCAUGUGUGUUUGAAUUUCAGUUUUGUUACCAAAGUUUGGAGAAGAUUCUUUCAAGGUGCUUAGAUUUAAGCAAUUAAUGAUAGGAGAAAACUUACAGUUAUUUAAGUACUGUUUUUGUUGUUGCCCAAUCAAAAAAUUCUCUACUCACUUUCUUAAUA